AUCCAAUCCAAGAGCGGGGAACGCGCGCUUCAGGCCUAUUUUUCAGCCAAGCCGCUGUAAACAGAAGUACAGAUAGUCCUUCACUGACUUUUACGAAGAAAUAGCUUAAGCCUGUAACUUACAAAAAUGACAUUAAUGGAGUUUUUUGGCUGUACUUUAAUAGCGUUUGGCCCUGCCUUAUCGAUGUUCGCAAUUACAGUUGCAAGGGAUCCUAUACGCAUCAUACUAUUGAUAACGUCAGCAUUUUUCUGGCUAGUAGCCUUAUUACUAUCUUCGAUACUAUGGUUCGCUGUGGUACCACUUCGGAAACAGCUAGCGUUCGGUGUCGUUUUCUCCGUUUUCUUCCAAGAGGGUUUCAGAUAUCUCUUUUACAAGAUCCUACGAAAAGCAGAGAUUGGUCUAAAGAGAGUGACAGAAAUUGGUGCAGAUGGGAUGGCAGUUUCUAGUUCAAGGACGACACUCUCUUACGUUGCGGGACUUGGCUUCGGAGUUAUGAGUGGAGUAUUCUCUCUGCUGAACGUGCUGGCGGAUGCAGUCGGGCCAGGGACCGUUGGGCUUCACGACGGCCCUCACGACUUCUUUCUGGUGUCAGCUUUGACAACCCUGGCAUUCGUUCUGCUCCACACUUGCUGGGGAGUGGUCAUGUUCCACGCGCUCGACCACGGACGGAUCGCUCUGGCUGGAUUAGUGGUUGUACUUCAUAUGGGUGCAUCUUGUCUGACACUGCUGAACCCUCACGGACUGCAAUUGGCCUCUCUACUGCCCAUCUACAUAAUCCUGUUGGUGUCCGGAGCACUCGCUUUUCACGCCGCGGGCGGACGCCUGCGGAACAUCUGCGACCUGGUGAGGCGGAAGACAGUCGGAACCCCCGCCUCACCCGCAUCUCCUGCCCCUCAACCGCCAUCGUAAGGCAAGUGGUGCUCGUGCACUUCUUCGCUGUGGACCGUCAGAAACUUUUGUGCUGGCACUUUUUCGGUGACAUUGGUGCGCAUAUCGUCAAGUCGGGACUUGUCGUUUUCAUGAUCCGCAAGCCGUAUGUGUGGUUGGCGGUGGUUUUGUACUUAUUUAUUUGGAGAGUGCAAGCGGGGACUCGUUUGAUUAAUGGAAAUGCGUGAAUAGUAUUUCUUUUUCCUAUCAGCCGCAAGUAAUAAAAUAUGUCACCCUAGCAGUGAUA